AUGCUGAUCGAACAACAAAACGAGCUUCCUCUGGUGCAGACAUUACGACAAUCAUCCGAAUGGACUGAAGUGAUUGCUUACCAGCACAUGUCGGCAUCGGCUCGGGCGCAUUCUUUGACGGCCACUACCUUGCGAGGCCCGGGCCUGAUUGCGUUGAGGCCACUGAAAUUCUUUAAUCACGACAAAACCGAAUGUAUUCUUGUCGCUCACCUCGGCCAAAAUUUAUGCGGACACGAUGGCAUCAUUCAUGGCGGUAUGCUCGCCACUUUGCUGGACGAACAUCUCGCUUAUGUGACGUUGCCAAAUUUACCGAAUCAAACGGGUUUUACGGCGAACCUGAACGUCAAUUAUCGCCGUCCUGUCUUGUCGAAUCAAUGGAUCGUUGUCCGUGGUAAAUUACAACGACUGGAAGGACGCAAAGCAUGGGCCGAAGCAUGGAUUGAAACGGUCGAGGACACCCCACAGCGCUUGACCGAAGCAACCGCUCUAUAUAUCAGUCCGAGAUCCGAAGGUCCACGAACAGACUUUUGA